AGAAGCAGAAGCAGAAGCAGAAGCAGAAGAAGAAGAAGAAGAAGAAGAAGAAGAAGAAGAAGAAGAAGAACAAGAACUUUUAUUCUGAAAAUACCGCUGUGGUAUGGUUGUGGCUGAUGGUUGUCGGGGGCGAUUUGAACGUUCUCUGCUGGGAAGGCCCGCAUUCUGGCGCCGAUACAGAACACGCGAACACACUUCCGCUGAGUGUUGCUGAUGUGGCCUCAGCUCGGUCGAAGCCGAGAUGAAGCCGCCUCCUCGUACUCGUACGAAGCCCAGCCGCCGCCUGGAACCCGACGUGGCACCGCGGGCUUCGCGCAAACUGUCCGUCGACUGGCCGCCGGUGGAGCAGAGGAAGCUGCUGAACGCCCUGAGGAGUCUCGGCCGGACGCUCGACGGCUGCGGAGACGUCGACUACGCCUUCCUGAGCAAACAGGUGCCGACCCGGUCCGUCUCAGAGAUCCACUCGGUCGUAGAAUCUCUGAAGAACAAAGUGAUCUCUUGUGCGAAAGUCAAGCUGAAAAAAAACCGUUUGGAAGACAAGAAGGUCAAAAAGCCCAUUGAGGUGUGGACACACAUGGCUUCUGCUUUGGCUGGAAGCCUUGAAGAAUCAAUUUCAAGUGCUUUCUAUCAGAUACUGACAGUGUCCUCCACAGAACCUUGCACCCUAAGGAACUGUGACCCUCCCAAGGUCCACAGACCACCCACGGGUGCAGACAGGCCUGUUGGUCGCACCGUCUCUUUGAGACCAAUGCCUCGUUUGCCUGUCAAAGGUGUGCGCACUGACACCAGCAGACCCCGCCCUCUCUUUGUGAUGAAGACACCAUCCCCAAUCUUAGGCCCAGCCCAUAGACUCCCAGCAAUAUCCAAAGUGGUCAGAGUGCCAAACUGCAGAUUCCCUCCUCCCCAGCACCAGCCUUCACCCACAGCUGGCGUCUCAACUGCUGCCACCUGUUCCUCUCUAACUGCUGUCACCUCCAACCCUCCGGGUACAGCAAAAAUACAUUUUGCGCCCCCCGCAACCUCAAAGACUGUGGCUCAGACUAUGAUCCCAGUCACACCCAGUUCUAAUUCUACAGUGGAGGGAAAGAUUCAGGAUAUUGGCAGCUCUGUAAACCAGACCACCCUGCAGCCAUUAGAGCAACAACCCACCACCACCUCGAAUAUAAAGUUCACUACAUCCAGUCUUCUCACGCCACUCUCUUCCUCUACCACCAGUCUUUCCCUACUCCCCAGUACAGCUCCAUCCUCUGGUGCUUCUUCCAUUCCAGCCUCCUCCAGCUGCUCCUCUUCCCGACCAAUGCCUCCACUCUCCACCCAUGCUGCAGAAUUUCAUACAAGUUUUGGUUGCACCAGCAAAGUCACCUCAAAAGAUAGUCCCAUUACAUUUGGUGUCAAGUGCAUCGUGGACUUUGAGAGGAUCUAUCGCUACCUGAGUGUCAUCCACAAGCCGGAUGAGGAAUGCCAUCUCACCCCCAUGGAGAGUGCCAUCAUGUUGGACCUGUUGAUGUCUCUUCCAGAGGAGAUGCCCCUGCUGGACUGUACUAAACUGCAGAAACAUCUGACCCAGGUGUACCAGUGUCUCUCGUCGCCUGCUAACUCCAAGAUGGCAAGAGAAAUGUUUAAAGAUCUAAAGGAUGGACCCACUGCUCAGGGAGAUGUACCGAGUGGUGCAGACGGCAACACACCCGACGGUCAGCAGAACACUGCUAGGACUGUUGACAGCAGUGGAGUCGUGGACAGUGAAGAGCCAGAUGUAGCUGAGAGCCGAUCAUCAAGGAGCAAAAAUGCAUCUACCCAGUCAGGGAAGGCAGACGUGAUAGGACCCUGCCCCCCUCUUAAUCCUUUUUUGGUGCCACUGAAACUGUUGGUGCGUAGAUAGGUCGCUUUCAAAAUGUAUAAACGUAAUGUGCAAUGGUUUGUGUAGUAUGCUUUAGUUGUGUCUAGGUUAUGUCUAGGUUGAAUAUGAAAGUUCCCUCUGAGUGUCUGGUCACAUUCAUCGUCUUGUUAAUUUAUUCAUAGAACCAACAGUAACUUAUUCAAUCAGUUUAGUCUAGUAAGUUUUUGUUCAGUUGCACCUACUAAAACAAUAAUAAACACAGACUGUUAUUGCAUUGCAUUUAUAAAAACAUGUCAUUUCAAGAAGAUUCUCUUAUACUAUACAAUUUCAUAACUGAUGGUCAGAGUUGAUUCUUGAGAUGAUAGAUGAGUAUCGUGUUUAGGAGGAAGAUUGACUUCAGACACUUGGAUCAGAUGGUUUGUAGUUCAGACACUGUUAAUUACAGAUCUGGAUCGACACCUAGUCUAUAUUGACAAUAAAAAUGACGAUUGCUUGAGAUGA